AUGUCUGGACGUGGAAAAGGAGGCAAAGUCAAGGGAAAGACAAAGUCCCGUUCGAGCCGCGCUGGAUUGCAGUUUCCAGUCGGUCGUAUUCACCGUCUACUCCGAAAGGGCAACUAUUCCGAGCGUGUUGGAGCCGGUGCUCCCGUCUACCUGGCUGCCGUGAUGGAGUAUCUGGCCGCUGAAGUUCUCGAGUUGGCAGGAAAUGCCGCUCGUGACAACAAGAAAACCCGAAUUAUCCCACGUCACCUGCAGUUGGCCAUCCGCAACGACGAAGAGCUGAACAAACUUCUUUCCGGAGUGACCAUCGCUCAGGGUGGUGUCUUACCAAACAUCCAGGCCGUCCUGUUGCCCAAGAAGACCGAAAAGAAGGCCUAAAUUCGAUCCAAGUUCCUACCCUUUAACAAAAUCCGUCCUUUUCAGGACGACCAAUUUGAUGGUAAAGAGUUUCGUUUUCAAAACAGUUUCCUUCGUGGUGCGCAAGGAGUGAUAAAAUGAAUCCAUUAAAAACAUGGUUGAAUCUUUCUGUCAUGCUCUCCCUAGUUAAUUGAUAUCCUCAUCGAGUAGGUUCGAUGAUGGUUGAUGGGCCCAAUCUUAGAUCCAUUUCCCCUACCUUGCAGAGCUGCGGUGGCCCUGGACUUAUGGCCUACAUUGAUGCAGCGGAAUGAAAUUCAUUAGCAAAUUACGGUUGAGAUUUCAGAAAUGAUCAUGGUGUGCGUCCAAUUUGAAGUGUGGUGUGAUUUCUGAUAAUGACAUCGGUUUACUGGAUCCCGGUUAAUGUACCUUACUCUCCGCUUUGGACGUAAACUGCUUGCCUUCAAUAAAUUGAGUGAUUUGACUAGUAACUUCAAAAGAGGUUUUCCUCGGACCACUGAUUCUGAACUGUAUUGUUCCUUCAUUGCUC